AUGUCCGAAGCAGAGAGCACCACCUUCCACUCUCUAGUCGAGGCUCGCUAUCGAGAUGGGCAGUCUGUCGAACGCCCUCUUCCCGACCAUAUGCCACCAGCACUCGAAACCGUUCUGAACCACAAAUCUUAUCGAUCAUUUCUUCCGAACCCUUUGCCACGAGGCACCUUGGAGGCUCUCGUAGCGGCAGCCCAGAGUGGCUCGACAUCCUCAAUGAUGCAGACAUGGGAUGUGAUUGCCAUCCAAGAUCCAAAGCACAAAAGUGCGGUGGCAAAGCUUGCCGGUGAUCAGGAGUUCAUCCGCGAGGCUCCGCUAUUUCUUGUAUUCUGCGCGAAUCUGCAUCGGUUGGCGAAUAUGUCCAAAAAAUAUCACCAGCCUGCCAAGGCUCUCACCAACAUGGACCUCUUCUUGAUGGCAUGUAUCGAUGCCUCGAUUGCAGGCCAAAAUACAUCCAUCGCAGCAGAGUCGCUUGGUAUGGGCAUCUGCUAUGUUGGUGCUGUUCGGAACAACGCGCAGGAAAUGUGCGAGCUAUUGAAGCUUCCGCCAGGCACAUUCGGUCUCUUUGGCAUGGCGAUCGGAUAUGGAAAGGGUGCGAGAUAUUCUGAGCUGAAACCCCGACUUCCCAUGAAAGAGGUGUGUCAUAAGGAGACUUGGAGCGAGGAGGGCCAGGAUGAGAAUGUCGCAUCGUAUGAUGAAUCGCUUGGAACAUUCUACUUUGAGCAACUGGGGCUCGGUCCCAAGAAUUGGAGUGAGUUCAUGGCUGCGAAUGUCGCUUCGCAGCAGCAGAAUGGCCGUCAAAACGUCAAGCAAGCCUUGCAUAGCCAAUCGUUUGAGCUUCUGUGA